UUUAAGGAAGUACUAUAAAAUGUUUUUUAUCAUUAAAAAUUAAAUAUAAAAAGCUUUUAGGCCGAACAGAAACUUUAUUAAACACACAAGAAGAAAGACUUUCUUGUUUUUGGUGGUCUGAAAAAAAGAUAUUGUGAAGAUGAACGUAGAAGAGGAGGUUGAAAAGCUGAGGGAAGAAAUCAAGAGGCUUGGAAAUGUUCAAACAGAUGGUUCUUGCAAGGUCACAUUUGGAACACUCUUUCAUGAUGAUCGGUGCGCAAAUAUAUUUGAAGCACUCGUCGGUACACUAAGAGCUGCUAAAAAGCGUAAAGUAGUUGCAUACGACGGUGAACUACUGUUGCAAGGAGUCCAUGAUAAUGUGGAAAUCACUCUUAAUCCUGCUCCUGCUGCUGCUGCUAACUGAUUCGGCUGUGAAGGGUCAUUGAGCAUCCUUUGCUGCUUGAAUCACUAACCUAUUUUUAUGGCUGGUGUGAUUACUAUUUUGUGUGAUGUUGUAAUAUAUGCAUGUGGAGAGGACUAAGAUAUGCAUCUCUUCGUAAACUCGUUACCAUUUAGUUCGUGAAUCAAAUGCAAAGUCAACAUAUUUAAGUGGUAGUUUUUUAUGAAACUUAUUUAUAUAUUAUAAUUACCUUUAUGUUUA